CUAGUGCUUCCCCCCGAUCCAUUUCAGCCGCCGCCGCGCGUAGCAAGCAGGAGCAGCAAGGAUGCCGGCUGGCCACGGGCUGCGCUCGCGGACGCGCGACCUGUUCGCGCGCCCCUUCCGCAAGAAGGGCUACAUCCCGCUCACCACCUACCUCCGCACCUACAAGAUCGGCGACUACGUCGACGUCAAGGUGAACGGCGCCGUCCACAAGGGGAUGCCGCACAAGUUCUACCACGGCCGCACCGGUCGCGUCUGGAACGUCACCAAGCGCGCCAUCGGCGUCGAGAUAAACAAGCAGGUGAAUGGUCGCAUCAUCAGGAAGCGUAUCCAUGUCCGCGUGGAGCAUGUGCAGCCAUCCCGCUGCACAGAAGAGUUCCGCCUGAGGAAGGUGAAGAAUGACCAGCUGAAGGCGGAUGCAAAGGAGCGCGGCGAGGUCAUCAGCACCAAGAGGCAGCCGUUGGGCCCCAAGCCUGUCUUCAUGGUUGAGGGGACUACCAUCGAGACCGUCACUCCCAUCCCGUACGAUGUGGUCAAUGAUCUUAAGGGAGGAUACUAGGUUGUUUGUUUGGUCUUUCUACCUGUUCUACAUCUGUGUUACUCUAGUGCGUACAAUUUUGCUCACACUGAGCAGUAGUAUGAACCUAUUGUGUGUUCAUGUUGAAAUUUUUCCCGUUCUGUGCAAACCUGAGUUUAGAAGAACGCUAUGCCUUGAUCUUUGCUUCUGAGAACAAAGAUUUGCCUUUUUCAACCU